AUGUCUGAUGACGAAGACAUUCCAGUAGCGCCCAAUGCUCCCGAUUCGGGAAUUAGGGAUCCAAGCUUGAAGUCGGAAAGUAACUCGUCUGAUCUUGGUCAGUCUAGCAAGAGAAAUGGAACCCCUCUAGACAAACGAAGAGCACUACGGUCCAAAAGAAAGCCAAAAGACGCACGGAAUACUGAUUCUGACUCGGACGACGCCGACUUGACCGGGAUCAAGCGAGUGACUGUACUACCAAUAUUGCAGCUUGCUGUGCGACCAACUCCACCAAAAUCCGAGGCAAAUCGAAAGCUAGAAGCUUCAGCGCCACAGGUUGCUUCCGAGGAACAGGGAAAGGGCCGCAACUUAGACAAUGUCAACAGGAGUGCUAGCGUUGAGACGGCAUUAGGUACCAUCGAGUCGCAACCCCGGGGAAAUAAUAAAAGAGUCUCGGAGCUACAGUCUGAAUCUCACGAGGAAAAGCUCGGAGCUGCAUAUAUGAGCGGUAUGCCGUACCAGCAGAUUGACGGCCACAGUGGAUAUCCCGAUCACAAGAUUCCUGGCCGAGGCGCAUAUACCUAUGAGAGAACGUUGCCGGGUGAUUCCAUAUCCAAAGGCUUUGGACAGAAGUACACAUUGGCACGAGUUCCGCAUAGAUCAUCACAAUCCCGAAAUAUGGUAUCUAAAGAGGAAAGGAAGCGCUUGAAAAGAUAUUUGCGAAAGGCCCCGAUGGCAACAGAAGCAGAUGCAGAGGAGCACAAAAUCCCCGCUGGAUAUUCCUUGAAGAAGUGGGACCCAAGAGAAGAACCAAUACUGCUCCUUGGCAGCGUUUUCGAUGCCAAUUCUUUAGGGAAAUGGAUUUAUGACUGGUCUGUUUACGCAUAUAAGCCUUCGACACCGAUAUCGGAUAUGGCUGGAGACUUUUGGCUGUUACUCAUUCAGCUGGCCGACAGAUUGAAGAGAGCGGAAGAGACAAUAGAAAGGAUCGAGUCAAAGGACUCCAAGGAGUUGGUUGAGGAAUAUAUAGAGGCAGGGGAGAGGUUUUGGGCGAGAUUGCGGUCGCUGCUAAAGAGGUGCGAGGCUCCCAUGUUGAGAGCGUACAAGUUCGACGAAGAGGACCCCAAAAACACAGUUAAUCAGAAAGGGAAUACUGACGAGAACAACAAUGAAUCUUCACAGGAGGCCAAGAGCCAAUCAGACGCCUUAAACGAAUCUGGAGAAACCUUACCUUCAAGCGAAGGGGGUACUAUCCAAAAGACGGGAAAGACGAAGCAAGAUGUCGAGAAAAAUGUUGGUGUUGCUUUCAUUGAGACUAUAUUUGGCAAAGGUGGGGAGUUGAAACGGACUGAGGGGUUGAUGCGGAACAUGCGGCUUUACAACCUGAGGUUCGAUGCCGAUUGCGAGGAGGUACUAUCGAGCAUUCAACCCUACAAUUUCUUUUGA